UUUUGGAGCGUUGCAGCUGUCGGUUCUUGGAGGUGCACCUACGACAAGUCCCCACGACUCCCUCGCUCUCCUCGUCCCCACCCAAAAAAUAAAAAUCCCACCUUUAGGCGAUUCCCCCCAACCUUGGCUUCUUGCCGGGAUCCGCCGAUGACCCUCGACCCCCUCCUUAUCUUGGUUCCUCGGAUGCGAUGACGAGCUCCGCCCAUGGAUUCCAAUCGAGCCAGCAGCGAGCAAGAUCUCUCGGUGGCCGGAUCCAUGGCGGCGGGAUCGGAGUUGGGUCCCUUAACUCUCGAGGGGAUCGAGGGAGUGGAGACUCCCAAGAUCGUCGACUGGGAGGACCUCCAGCAGGAGCUUGCCCGCCUCUGGAGCCUCUCUGCCGCGCUCAAGAAGGCUAAGGAGAGGAAGGAGUCUCUGGCCCAGAAGUUGGAAUCGAUCAUAGAGGUUAGGAGAGAAUCGCUGCGGCAGACUAAUGAGUUGGAGGAGAUGAGACAACAGGUUGAAACCCGGAAGGUUGCACUAGGGAAUUUGUCCAUGCGCACCAUGAGAACAUCAGAGGAUGUCAAGAAUCAAAGAGAACAGCUUUGCCUUACUAUCAGAAUGUUAUUGGUAGCUGGCAAGAAUCUCUCUGCAGCACACCAGCAACUGCAGGAAGCUAAUAAAUUACUAUCUGGAAGAAGGGGUCAUGGGCAUCUCAGAAACCUGCAAAAGAUGCUACGGACAAGGCAGCAAUAUAUGGUUAACCAGGUUGCUGCCCUCUAUCCUGUGAAGGGCCUAGAUGAACAGACAUACAGGGAGAAGCAUAAUUCAGGAGAUUAUAUUGCAUCAUGCUCCCCAAAUGUAUCUAAAUCUCCACAAUUGUCACCUUUGACAAUUUUAGGUCUGCAACUAACUACGCUCCCAUUAAAAAAGAUGAGCUUUUUCAGUGACAAGAAGGAGUUUCAGAGCUCUGCAAGCGUUCUUGGUUAUGUUGCACAUGCUGCCUUGCUUAUUGCAUCUUACCUUGAUGUUCCUUUACGAUAUCCUUUGCGCUUGGGAGGCUCGCGUUCAUAUAUUCAUGACUAUGCUCCUUCAGUGGAGUCUAUAUCAUCAGAUUUGUCAGCAAAUCCAAUUCUUACAGGCAUGAAUGCAAAGCCUACAGAAUUUCCCCUCUUUCUGGAAGGCCAAGAUACUACAAGAGCAGCAUAUGCAAUAUUUUUGUUGAAUAAGGAUUUAGAGCAGCUUUUGAACUACAUUGGAGCUGAAAGUUUGGGACCAAGGCAUGUAUUAGCUAAUCUGAAGGAGCUUAUGAGGAUCAUCCAGUCUCAGGAAUACAUUGAUAUGUAAUUAACUCCACUUGUAUGGAAGUGUUAAAGCAGCAGAUAGAUUUUGCCGAUAACUCAGAGUAGAAUUCAUCGGCUUGAAUUACUGCAUUGGUGCAAAUUUUAGUGGAGCACCUUUGACACAAACCAAUUGAAUACAAUUUUCCAAAGAUCUGUGUACAUAUUACAUUAUUUCGACGUACCAUAUUGUUUUUUCCGCAACAAUGAAAGCAAUAUUUCUAAUGUCAAAUUGCUAGCGAGUGCAAGUAUUGGAAGU